AUGGCCCGUGUCUUUGUCUACGGCACGCUUAAGAAGGGCCAGCCCAACUACAAGCACAUGAUCAACACGGCCAAGGGGCUAGCGAAAUUCCAAGGAAGGGGACGCACGGUGGAGAAAUACCCGCUGGUGAUCGCAGGAAAAUACAACAUUCCCUACAUGCUGAACAUCCCGGGGAGGGGACACCGCGUUGCUGGGGAGAUUUACUCGGUUGACGACCAGAUGCUGCGGUUCCUGGAUGAGUUUGAAGGCUGCCCAGACAUGUACCAGCGCACCCUGAUGAGAAUCGAGGUGGUGGAAUGGGAAGGGAAGGGUGGCGUGGGCGAGGCGCGGGCAGCCGCAGAGGGCGUCGUGGAGUGCUUUGUGUACAGCACGAUGACGUACCCGCCCGAGUGGGUCGGCCUCCCCUACCAUGACAGUUACGACUCCUCAGGGAAACAUGGCCUCUCCUACGUCCUACGUGAAAGCCGGGAUUAG